AAAAGUUUCUCCUAGUUCUGGUCCGAACUGCAGUUUCUCAAACCCUUCGUCGCCUCAAACUCUCUCUCUCUCUCUGAGACAUGGUGGCCUCGUCCUCAUCGUUGUCUGAGUACUCCUCGGACUCGUCCUCGUCGUCUUCGUCUGUAUCUCGCCGCAGACAUCAUCGCCACCACCGCAGUCGCCGAGAUAAAGACAAGGAUAAAGACAAAGAUGCCCUCAAGAUCCGAAAAAAGACCAGUCGCUCCAACACUAAACGACGUCGCAGACACCGCCACCGCCACUCCUCGUCGGAUUCUUACUCUUCCUCCUCUCCUUCCGAUUACAGAAGUGAUAGUUCUUUGGACAGUGAGCUUGAAACAUCUAGUAAGUCAAAGAAGCGCAAGAAGAGUGACAGACAUAAGAAGGGCAAGGAAAAGGACCAGAGCAAGACUCAUCGCCGUAAACAUAAUAGGAAACUCAAAGAGAAACAGAAGAAUGAGAGAAGUAGCGGCCCCGUUCAGCUUUCAAAGUUUUUAGGGCGUGACAAAGAUAACGGAGUUCGUCGCAGUGCUGUCUCUGGAAAAAAGAUUCUACUGAAACUUGAGAAGACAAAGGAGGACAAGGCGGCUGAAGACAAAAGGAAUGAAUUGCUGAAGUUCUUAAAUGCUAGUUUUGAUUGAUGUUGUGGAGUCCAUGGAAUCAACGAGUGAAUGAACGAGUUGAGUCAGUUCCAGCAUCUGCUCCCUCAUCUUAACGAUUUCGAAAGGACUUUCUCUUAGCUCCAAGUUUAGCAAAGAGUCGUAUUUUGCACUCAUGUUCGCCAAUUAGAGUGUGGUUGAAAAACUUUGGUUUGGCCGAUGUAUUAGUAUUCAUUUCGUACUGUCAUUAUAUAUUAUCUUAUAUCGAGGAUUCACCCCGGUAAGCUUUUUCAAAUUGAUCAGUGUAGCAAACUUGGUAGCUGGUUGAUGAUUUGCCCGUGCAUCAUGCUAAUAAACAGAUUAAUUGAUCAAUUUGUAAAGGGUAUUUUAUCACUUUAAUGUAAAAGUUCUUGUUUUGUCUCGUAA